CCGCGUCCGCAUCUCGUAGACGAUUCGAUUCGUAUAUGUGGGGUUCAGUGGCGAUGGAUAGAAUCACUUCCAAGACAAAUAUAUGAAGUAGCGCUUAUCCAACACCCCAUACAACCAAACGAAACCAAACCAUCUUCCCUGCAAAUUCACUCAAAAAUGCCAUACUCCCUCGAAAAGCCCCUCGAUCUGAUUGGGCGUCCCCAAGGGCUGGUCACCCUCCCUCUAGCCUCCAGCCCUAACACUCUCAGCCUCUGCCACGCCACACCCUACGUCUCCGAUCUAACCACCUGCGGCCUGUUCUCUCCAUCAGACUGCACCAGAGCCGACGCGCGCUGGGUCCCCGAGCCACAGCACGACUACGACUCUGAGGAACCGUCGUCCUCCAAGCAGCCAAGCUAUCAAUCGCUGCCAUGUUGCCAUCACGCCCAGGGGAUCCCGCCAGGCAUGGAAGAUGUGCCCCUGGAUGCGCCGUCCCGUCAUGCACUGGAGGAAUACUCCAGCUCGUUCGAUCAACACCGUCUGCUCAAGCGGAGGCUAUCUACGUUGACGCAUUCUCCGCAGCGCAACAAGGUUGGAUAGUUGGGUUACCCUUGCUUCGGACCGGGUGGAUGGAUGAAUGCAGAUGCAUACCCGGGCUUGGAUGGCCGGUUGACGUGGAAUGAUGCCGGGUAUGUUCCUGCUAUUUUUGACAGUGUUUCGGCCGGAUGGAGUGGAAUGCAAGGAUGGGUAGAGCAUACAGGAGGUGUUUAGAAAAUUAUUGAUGUUCAUAAAUGGUGCGAUAUAAUCGGGUGUUUCGGGGCUGUUGACGGAGAGAAAAGAGGGCUCGUUGAGUAGCUGGGCGGUUUGUCAUUAUUGAAACUAAAAUGCUUAAUAGCCCACC